CCGUAGCCAUUUUGUCUCAAGUCGUGGCUCAGACAUCUUGUUUCUGAAGCCGCCUGCACGGAUAACGGGAUAUUUCCGUGCUUGCCAGACGACCAUUUCAAGUUAAUUUUGUUUGUCAUUCAUCGCACGGCAGCGAUGAGUCCUUGGCGCCUGAUUGUCAGGCCGAUAGUGCUUUGCGUGUGCUGGCUGGCUAGACCGUCCUGGGCGUCACGCUUCUUCUCAGGGUCUUUUCCUCCCUACCCUGCCUGCGACGCCAACUACAACGCCGCCUGCAGCCCGACCAACGCUUUCAAGGCUGUGCGGCAAGCUGUGUCCCAGCUGGAAGGCCUCACGACGGCAGGUGAGGUGGAUGCCUGGAUGCAGGCGCUGAACAGUAGUCAGUACGACAAUGGCGUCGACGGUUUCGGAUUCGGUCCCAUGGUCAUCUCGGCUGACGGCACGAUGCUGGCCGAUCCUGCGAAUUCAGAGCUCAGUGGCAAGAGCCUGUCCGACUUGCUAACCUUGCAGAAUGGCAGCUGCAGCCAAAUCGAACUGCUGACAACAGGUUGUGCCAGGGUCGCCAUGACGAUCUUCCAGGAGGACCUGCUGGCGCAGUGGCGCGAGGCGCUCGAGGGGGACGGCUGGGCCGUCUGGGUCUGGACCAGCCGCUCGGCCGAGCCCAACGACAAGGGCACCGUUGUUCCCGAGAAGAUGGUGGGGUACAUCGAGAACUUGUCGACGCCGCUGGGGGAACUCUGGGUGAUCUCGUCUUACUCCAACAAGCCCCUGGCAUCUGGCUUCGCCUCCGACGCCACCUGCUCCGUGGCUUACAACGAGCUCUGCAGCGUCGAGCUGUCCCGGAUGCUCGUGGGCGAGGGACUGUCCCAGAUGAUGAUGGCCAGCACCCCGGGCGAGCUGGCGUGGGUCUUCUACGACAUCACCUUCGAGGACAGAUACCAGGCCGGCAGCGGCUUCUACAUCUUCGUCUACCGCUUCGGGCCCGCGGGCAGCCCCGGCGAGCGCGGGGAGUGCGUGGCGCACGGGGCCAACAGCGGGCACGUGGGGCAGAACCUGCCCGAGAUCCUGCUCAAGGUGAACAACCUCGCCGUGGACGGCCAGGCCCUGCACGACGCCUUCUUCACCGCCGCGGAGGACGGCGGGGGCUGGGUGUCCUACGGGUGGCGGAACAACCCCACCGACCCAGUGGGCUUCAAGAUCGCGUUCAUCGCAGGCACGGAGAAGUUCGGGGUCAAGUACUACUUGGGCGUAGGCUUCAAUCACAACCACCCCGUGGUUGCCCCUGGGCCGCACUGUUCGACCUGCUCCAUGACGAGCUCAUACCAGUGCGCGAUCCGCAACACCUACAUGCUGAUUGGGCACGUGCAGGCAUUCCUUCUCACCGACGUGGAGCAGACUUCGGCAUGGAAUGCGCUGACGACCAGUCGCAACGACGACCUGGCCCUGGUACCCAUGGACGGCAACGUGGAGGAAGCGGGGUACAAGUUCGGCGAUGUUGGCGACCCUCACGCCUUCUACCCCUUUGUCUACGACUUCAACGGCUCUUGCGUGGCGCAUGCAGCGAACGGUGCGCUUGUCGGCAGAACACUGUGGGAGAUCCUUGAGUAUGCCUCCAUGAACCAGGAAUGUGAUGACACCAGUCUCAACUGUAACAUCACGGCUGUUGACGGGUGGCAGCUCAACGAAGAUUUCAAGAGUGCAGCCGCGGGAGGCGGCGGCUGGGUGAAAUAUGCCUGGCGCAGCAGUGUCAGCGACCCCGCCUUCGAGAAGGUGGCCUACCUUAUCAAGAUCUCGAAGUACGGCCGCGAUUUCUACGCCGGCGUGGGGUACAACAACGUGAUAUGGAACCCAGAGAGCGCGCAGAACUGCGAUGCAGAAUUUGCGGGUACGUGCUCGGAGGAUGCCGUGCUGGCUAUCGUGGGCCAGAUGACGGCGGCCAUCAACAACGCUCAGGACCCAGCCGAUCUCGACAUGAUCUUCGCCGAGGCCACCAAUGGCACGGGUGAUGAGUACCGUCGCUUGGGCGGAUUCGUGGUGGAGGUGUACGACGAGAGUGGUGUUUGCAUGUCGAACGGUUGCUAUCCCGAACACGUGGGGCUGACCUUGGAGGGCAUCUUCCUGAAAGUCGGCUCCAAGCUCCUGGGUGCCGACCAGUACGCCAGCCAGUAUCAGUCGAGCUCGGGCGCUUUCUUCACUUACAACUGGCAGACGGAGAACAUGGCCGCGCCCGUGGUGCGAAAGGCCUUUGCCCAGAAGGCGACCUAUAAGCCCCUGGGCAGCUACACGGAGGAUCAUUAUUACAUCGUCAGCAGCUUCGUAGACGCCAUCCCCCCCCCUCAGUGCACCAGCGACGCGGACUGCCCUCCCUCGGCCGCGUGCGCAGCAAACGGGCGCUGCCAGUGCCAGGCGGGCACGGUCGCGUCCUACAACGCCAGCGGCGCAUGCGGAGCGGUGCAUGGCUGCUCGUGCGAGACCCAGGACUACUCGAUGACCUGCGACGUCAACCCCUGCCCGGUCGGCAUGUUCGGCACCGCGUCGGGCGCGUGCCAGGCCUGCGACCCUGGCAAGUACGCCGAUUCCGUGGCAUCCAGCGAGUGCAGUGCGUGCGCCCCCGGGAAGUACCAGGACGAGUACGGCCAGACCGCCUGCUUCAACUGCUCGGCCGGCAGCGCAGUCAACGCCGGCGGGAGCACGGCGUGCGACGCUUGCGUGGAGGGCUGGUUCCAGGCCGGGGCAGGCGCCUCGCUUUGCGAGAAGUGCCCGCUCGGCUCCUUCUCCAACGACACCAUGAACACGGAGUGCACCAGCUGCCCCGACCCCCGCGAGACCACCGUGGACCGCGCCGCGCUCUCGCAGUGGGAGUGCGUAUGCGAGGCGGGGUCGUACCGCGCCGCGGGGCACUCCGCUGCGGACGGCGUGCACCAGCCGUGCCUGCCGUGCCCCGAGGGCACGGAGUGCAGCGAGGGCAACCAGGAGCCGGUCUUGUUGAGGGGCUUCUGGGCGGACGCGGGGGACUCCACCGACCGGGACUACUCGGUCUUCCGGUGCCGCGACGGACUGGAGUGCCCAGGGGGUCCCAUGGGGACGUGCGCCAGAGGCCGCGAGGGAAUCGGAUGCGCCAACUGCCUGCCCAACCACCAGAUAGACAAGGUCACUGGUGGAUGCGACAAGUGUACGGGCUCCUCGCUGGUCCCGAUACUGUUCAUCAUCGCCGUCGGGGUCGCUGGUCUCGUUGCGAUGGCCUUGUACGCCAAGGUCGACGUGUCCAGGAUCAACCUCAACACGCUGGCGGUGGGCAUCUGCAUCGGGCAGACGGCGGUGGCGGUGCAGGCCCUCUCGGUGUUCCGGGUCCUCGAGGUGAAGUGGGUCGAGCCGAUCAGGAGCUUCUUGAACGUCGUGUCGGUGCUCAGCUUCAAUCUGGAUGUACUCGCGGUGUCCUGCAUGUUUCCGGACUCGGACGCGCUUGGAAAGUACGUGCUGAAGCUGUUCAUCUUCCCUACAGGGAUCCUGCUGCUGUGCGCCAUAUUCUUCGUCAUGAACCGGCUCUUCAAGCAGAACAUCACGGUGGACCACAUAAUAAAUUCCAUUGGGCUCCUGUUCCUCGUGCUUUUCCUGACGCUGGCGAUGCUGUCGCUCAGCCCAUUCCACUGCGCCAGCAGCCCGAACGGCACGGUGUCCCUGGUUUCGAACCCGUCCGUGCUCUGCUCCUUCAGUAAUGCUACCUGGACCGGGCUCGCCGUCUUCGGUGCGUUUGCCAUACUUGGCUUCGUGGUUUUCUUCGCCGCCUGGGUGACGUGGGUCACGCUGCAGUACCCGAAGCUGAUCUCCAACGGGAGCGGGAUGCUCAUCAUCAAUCGGUACCGCUUCCUGUUCCAGCGAUUCACCGUGGAGUGCUAUUUCUUUACGCCGAUCUACCUGUCCCGUAACUUCGUCAUAGCCAUCCUGCCCGUAGCAUUCGCAGACGACGGCCACCGCCAGGUGUUCUUGCUGGCCUGCGUGCUCAUGGCAUUCGGAUUUGUGCAAGGCUGGCUCCAGCCAUGGCGUGGGCUGAUGCCCAACCUUCUGGACACCGUCACGACUGCUUGUCUCAUCAUGGCGCUACUGGGCGCUGCGCUCCUGCACGACGUCGACUACGACGCGGUGGUGGCAGACAUGCAGGUGUUCUUCACCAUCCUCAUCGUGGUCAUGUGCAUCACGCUCUGUACGUUCGUCAUGCUCUUGUCGUGGCGGCGCCUCUUCCCAUCGAAGCUGUACGCCGCCUUCCUGUGCCACCACAAGCAGGGCUGCGCGGUGGGCGCGAGGCUGAUGAAGCUGGAGCUGGAGCUCCGCUUGAAAAAGCAAGUGUUUCUCGACUCAGACGCGCUCAAUAACCUCGAGGAUCUCCUAGAGACCGUCCGCGCGUCGAUUGGGACCUUGGUCGUGCUCCUCACGGCGGGCACGCUCUCUAGGCCCUGGUGCGCGGGGGAGAUCGCCACGGCUUUCAAGAACGGGGUGCAGAUUGUGCCCGUGGCGUAUGAUGAUUACACGGAGCUCACGGAGGAAGACGUCAAGGAGGCCUCAAUCGCCGCCCGCUGGUCGCCAGAGGCCUUUGGGCCGUGCGUGGCGCAGGGCGUGCUGCUCAGCGCCGUCGCGGAUGCGUACGACCACGUCCGGCUCCUGCACAAGAUUGCGUGCCCUCGGGUGGCUGCCUGCAUGGAAGGCAACCCCGCGCUUGCCAUGGACGCUGUGCGGCUUGUGGCGUCGCUCUGCCGCUCGAAUGGGAAGAGGCAGAUGACAGUCUCGCAGCUCGGCCUCGAGGACUCGAACAGGACCAGCGUCAGAAGCGAAGAUUCCGAGAAGGAGCACCAGGGCGCUUCGGACGAGCUCGGCAUGGCCGUGUCCUCCACCUCCAGCAGUGGGGGGAUGACGGCACGUUCCAGCCACAGCGCGCAGCUGGACUUCGCGGUGCUGGCGAACUACACGUGCGGCGAGAGCAUCUCCGCCGCCCGCGUGCUGUCGCGGCUGGUCCGCGGCAAGACCCAGAUGCGCACCACCGAUCUGCUGCACCCACGGGACGUGCAGGAGGCCAGAGCCCACAGCCCCACCCUGGGCUGCCUCUGCGUCCUGUUCACGCAGGACUGCCUCUCCUCGGAGGGCUUCCCGAAGACCCUCGUGGCGGGGCUCGAGGCGUGGGGCAAGGCGACGAUCCUGACGGUGACAAUGACCGGCUUUGCCUUCCCGACCAGCGAGGUGAUGAGAAUGUCUCUCGUGCCACAAGUAGCAAAGAUACUCUCCGAGACCGAGGACAAGGUUACCAAGAUCUACCAGAAACUGUUCUCGAUCCUCGCAUGCCCUUUCACUCCCAGCGGGCACAUUUCGGUGCUCGAGGUAGAGGUGGGCGGCAUCAUUCGCCGCAUGCGCUCCGACACGAAGCGUAACACCCAUUCCAGCCUUGGCAAAGAAGGUCCUAAACACUGCAAUGGGUCAUCGUCGCAGGCGGCCUCUGGCGCCGACCUGGUGACCGAUUCACUCUCUCCUGAAAUUGGUGCCGAUGGGCUCCCUGAUGGGAACGAGUUCAACAGCGUUUCCUCGGACCACACGGAGCAUCUAUCUGUAUAGUAUGUGAUGAGGCUCCCGCGGAUGGCGACUUGAUGCUGUAGGGAGGCUAGGGGUGAGAAGCGAAGACUACCACUACUCAUCCAGAAGGUCUGGCCUUGAGCGCGCACCGUGCCCGACUUCUGCUGCCGACGCAUGCUUCUGUGCUCAGCCUCCAUGAGCUGUGCGUUUCCACGGGCGAGCUCCAGUCAGGCGUGCGUGCAGGCCGCCGCACAGGCCGUGGUCUCUCUGCGCGCUGCCUUGUGCAAUGUUGCAGUCAGGCCAAGAAGGCAACGUCUUCGAUGAGGCGAGGCGUGAUUAAUUAGUGAACGAGAGCACUGGCAGCCCAGCGCGUGCGCCACUAUGGUAUGUUGUAUAUACUUGCGCUGCCCAUGCCCGUCGAUGUCCAGCGUGCUCGCAGCUGGAACGGCGGUGCCUAAUAUGAAGCUAAGAUUGAGCCCCACGCUGACCAGCCGCCGUGGCUCUUUGAGAUUGGGGAGGCCAGUGGUCCCUCUCUGGCUGCCUCGUCCAGGUGUGAUGGGUUGCAGCCCGUGCUUGUCCCCACUGGGGCGCUCACACUGUUUGAAUGUCGCCCUUCCCAUGGCUCUCUCUAGCUGGCGCUGCUCUGGUGGCCUCUGCUCUCCCCCCCUUCGUGCGCGCUUCACUCAGGCAAGGGAGCGAUGCACAAAACGGGGUCGCCCGCGCCGACGCUGGCGCGCAAGCUGCCCGCGUAGGCUCGCGCGUAGGCGCCCUCGUCUCCAAGUGUGGCGUGCCGCGACGGCGGCCUGCGCAAGCCGCGGCGCUAGGCCGCUGUGCCGUCUCGCGUAAGACCCGCUCCCUUCAGUCGCGCAAUGUGGCUUCCCGCGAAAACAUCAACGCGGUCAAAUUUCCCUCACCCGUCAAAAUCAACGCGGUCAAAUUUCCUGAAUGCUGGUGCUGCUGAAAACUGCCGCCUCGCAAUCUGCGCGCCACUGGGAUGCCCGUCGCUGGGGCGCCCGUGACGGCCCGUCGUCAUUGGCGCGAGGGCCGGCGCGUGCCCUCGGCCCUCCUCGCGGCCUGCACGGCCGCAGAACCUGGGUGACUGACGCUGCCUGUCCAAGGGUGACGGACGCUGCCUGUCAAGUUUUCGUGACUGACGGUGCCUCGCCCCAGUGUGGCACAUCGCUCGCUGCUGUCCCAAACGUGAUGGAGACCGAAGUGCCGAGAUGCUGCCGGGAUCCUGUGACCCGUGGGAGUUUCUGAAGGCCGCGAGGCAGCUGGAGCCAGUGUGUUUAUGUACAUUGCCUGACCUGGUUUUUGGUCUUGCGUUUGAACGGCUGCGGCUGCUUAUGAUUGUCCCUUGUCGUAUUGUACCCAGUGUUGCUUCUGUUCCUUAUCCUUCUUGUCGACCCCUCGACGCCAUCCGGGUCCUCCCUCCUCUUCCUGCUCCUCCUGCUUGCUCGCCUCUCCCGCGGACCUCGGCCGAGGGAGUGCUCUCCGACUCCCCUCGCUGGGGAUGUGCCACAUACUCCUACCUGCUACAGCGUGCUGGCGCGCGCGUGUUAGAGCGCCCGAAAAAAACGGCA